UUUUGAAAGUCUAAAUGAUAAGAAAGCGUUUUAAUCAACAGUUAACGAUUUGUUUUGAAUUGUGAAUGGUUGGCAUCGUUUGUCGCGAAAAUUCUGGAAACAGAAACAGUGUAGCAGAGCUCAGUAUCGCAAGACGCAGAAAGUUCGAAGGACGUGAGGCGAUAUUACGCCUUGGCUGGCUCAUUUAUUAAUUCAUCGGGACUGUUUCGCUUUGUUAUUACGCAAGUUUGAGACGUUAAAGUACCUGAAAAAUGACUGUUGAGGCAAUGGAAACAUCGGAGUGUAAACCGCAUGUGCCAGGGCCGAACGCGGUUGAUAUAUCACCAAAAAAAGACAAUGGAAUUCUUAAGGAAAUUAUUAAAGAAGGAACUGGUUCUGAAACACCAGCUCCUGGAAGUAAAGUUUUUGUGCACUAUAUUGGCACUUUAACUGAUGGAACUAAGUUCGAUUCAAGCAGGGACAGAGGAGAACCUUUUGACUUCCAGUUGGGGAAAGGAACUGUCAUACAAGCAUGGGACAUUGGUGUUGCAACUAUGAAGAAAGGUGAAGUAGCUGUUCUGACAUGCAAGUCUGAAUACGCCUAUGGAAAAUCAGGAAGCCCACCAAAAAUCCCACCUGAUGCAACACUUGUGUUUGAGAUUGAGGUUAUUGACUGGCAAGGAGAAGACAUAUCGCCAAAAAAGGAUGGCAGUAUAACGCGAUACCAAAUUAUUCAAGGUGAAGGCUAUAGUAGUCCAAAUGAUGGGGCAACAGUUGAAGUUAAUUUGGUCGGUAAACACAACGGGAAUAUUUUCGAAGAAAGAAGCGUUACUUUUCCACUUGGUGAAGGAAGUGAAUAUGGAAUCUGUGAAGGUGUAGAAAAAGCCCUGGAAAAAUUUAAAAAGGGAGAAAAGUCAAGAAUCAUCAUAAAACCAAAAUAUGCAUUUAAAAAGGAAGGCAAGCCUGACUUAAACAUACCAGGAAAUGCUGAAAUUGAGUAUGAAGUGGAACUAAAAAAUUUUGAAAAGGCAAAAGAAGCAUGGUCUCUAGAUGCUGAUGAGAAAAUUGAACAAGCAAAAUUUUUCAAAGAGAAGGGAACGAAUUAUUUUAAAGCUGGCAAAUAUGCAUUGGCUGUUAAAAUGUAUAAAAAAAUAGUGAACUUCUUAGAGCAUGAGACAGGCUUUGAAGAAGAGAAGGAACCAGAACGAAAAUCACUUCUACUGGCUGGACACUUAAAUCUUGCCAUGUGUUACCUCAAGCUUGAGGAACACUUUGAAGCACGUGAACAGUGUAACAAAGCUCUCGAGGUACAACCAUCCAGUGAGAAGGGAUUAUUUCGCCGUGGGCAGGCAUACUUGGGAAUGGGUGAACCAGAAUUGGCAAAAACAGAUUUUGAAGCAGUUCUAAAACUGGAACCAGAAAACAAAGCUGCAGCAAAUAAUAUUGUUAUUUGUAAUGUAAAGAUAAAGGAGCAGAGGAGUCGAGAGAAGAAGAUCUAUGCCAACAUGUUUGAGAAGUUUGCUCAGAGAGAUAAAGAGGUUCCAAGUGACUUGCCAUAUGGCUGGUGGGAUGGGGGAAAAGUUAUAGUGGAAAAGGAUGAUGAACUCGCUCCACCACCGCCUCCUAAGAAAUCGCUAACGCCUCUUAAGAAAGCGGUCGCCAAAGGUGGUAAUGAUUCAAAAGGUCCAUCGUCAGAUAUAAAAAAGGAUAAAUCUGAAGAAAUAGAUGCUAAAGAUUCUGUUUCUAAGGACACAUCCUCUCAAGCCUCAAAUAUCAAAGAAGAUCAUGGGCUAGAGCCAGACAUUAGUAGAGAGCCAGGUGUGAAAUGUUGACACCUGUUACAGUGUAUGUUGUGGCUGUUUGUCAUGCGUACAGCUGUUCUAUAAUUAUUCUUUCAAAAGAGGAAGAGUGGCGGAGGAACCAGCCAGACGUGAUGAAGACAUUGGGAGAAUGGGGUCAGGAUGAACGAGAGCGAGAAAUGACAGACUUUGAACGUGAAAAUCCAAAUAUUUUAAUGUUAAAUAAAACUGGUGAAUUCAAGAAUAUGUAAAUGCAUAAUUUAAUAUUACACAAAAUUUCUGAUCUCA